AUGAAUAAAGAUGUUGGCCAAUUAAUUAUGGCUAGAUUAAAUUAUUGGUGGCCUGCAAGGAUAUGUACUCGAGGAGAAUUAUUAAUUCAUCAAAGAGAUGGUCAACCAAAUAAUAAAUAUGUUCCAGUUUUCUUUUUUGGAUUUAAUCAAGGGAUAUGGAUAAAAAUGGAUGAUAUUAAAGAAUACACUGUUGAAAUGUCAAAAGAUUUCAAGAAUCAAGAGUUUCCUUAUGAUUGGAUAAAUGAACUUAAAGAUGUAAUUAUUGGAGCAACUAAAGAAGUUGAUGAAUGGAAUAAUCAAAGAGGAGCAGCAAGAAAUAAUAAUGGUGGUCAAAAAAAGAUUCAGAGAAGUGUACACUUUUUUGAAAGUGUUGAAUUCAUGGGAACUGGAUAUUGGAAUUUAAAUCGAGAUUUGAUUAAACAAUAUAAUAAUGAAAGACAUGAUCAUCAUAGUCAUCAUCGAGGAGGAGAGGAACACAUGACAAUAUGUGAUGAUGAAGAUGACCAAUUGACAGACAACAACAACAAUACAUAUAGUCAUGCACAACAUGGACAACCACUAUCAUCACAAGGUGACAGAAUGACAAUAUGCGAGGAUGAUGAUGAUGACAACAACAACGAUGACAAUGAUAAUGAAGAAGGAAUGGAAGAGAAAGCAAAGGAAAAGAAAUUGAUGAAUAUCAAUAUUUUAAAUAACAAACCUGAUACAUUGGCCAAUGCAAGGAGAAUGAGCCAAGAUGAUAUCGAAUCGUAUGAGAGUGGUGGAGUUGAUUCAUCAGAGGUGUUGGCUCGAAUGAAGAGAACUAGAAACUAUCCAUCAUCUACUUCUGCCAAGUAUAACAACAAUAGCAACAGCCAUCAACACCAACAACAUCUACAUCAACAUCAAGAACUUGACAACAAUAAUGACGACGGAGACGAUGAUGUCGAUAGAGAUGACGACCAUCCAACAUUCCAUCAACCUACCAAGAAACAAAAACCUACUAUCCAACUGGCACGUAGAAGUUCAACUGAUGACAAUGGCUCCAUUGAGCACUAUGACAGCUUGAGAACUGGAACUGGAGCUGGAGCUGGUCAAGACCCAACAACAACAUCAACAACAUCACCUCUUUUGAAUUCACAAAGAAGAUCUUUACUCAUUAAACCUCCACCAAGAUCUCCAAGUAUAAAUACUCCUACAUCUACCAAUACUCAACAACAACAACAACAAAGAAUACCAAGACCAGUUUUAAUUGCAAAUAAUAAUAAUAAUAAUAAUAUUAAUAAUGCACCUGUAUCAUCUCAACAACAACAAUCAACUAUUACUUGUAUUACUAGACCACCAGGAUCAAGUCCGACAAUUAGGUCAAUUACAUCACCUGUUAUAGUGUCUACAACAUCAUCAUCUUCAUCCUAUCUUACACUUGGUAACAAGAGUGGUGUGACGGCCAGUUCACCCAUUCUGUCGUCUAAAACACCGUCUUCUAUCCUUCCAAAGAGGUCGCCUGUUUUGGGGUCGACCAAUGGUAGCCGGACACCGACCAUGUCAGGAGCGAGUUUGUCAUCUCUUCAACCACCAGCUACAACUGGAGCAGCUGCGUCGCCAUUGAUCAACCCUAAAACACCCAUCACUCUAUCGAUACCACGUAUCCAGAAAAAGACAGUUGGUCCAACACCUACUACCCCUCACACCAACAGUGUCAAUUCAUCGACGGGUGGUAUUGUAUCACCAUCAAUGACAUCUCAACAACAAGCUGCUGCCAUAUCAUCACCCUUUCAACUACCACAACAAUAUCGUAAGAAUGUAUUCCCAUCAUCUCCUUCACUUCGUAUUCCAACUAAUAUUGGUGGAGUUGGUGGUGUUGGUGGUGUAGGAGGACUACGGUUUCCACCUUCUCCUUUAAUGCCAGUUGGUCCCAUGUCUGUCAUGACUCCUCCUCUUCCCGGUAACCCAAUGAUGUCAUCUCUUGCAGGAGCAGGAGGUGGGAUGGGAGGGCCAAUCUCUGAUAGUUUACCAAAGGUGCCUGGAAGUAGUGAAGAUGACGGUGGUGGUGUGACAAUCAUCCCUAAUCCAAAUCAUCCAACUGGUUCAUUGCCUGGAACAUCGGUGAAUAUACCAAAUACUAGUACACCGAUACUGGCACAGGGGUAUCCCAUGGUACCGUUCUUGUCUAUUCCACCAUUCAGUCUAAACAACUCGGUCAAUAUGGAGACUGUAUUCAAUAGUCCGUUUAGCGGGAAACUGUCGGUUAAAGGUGGUACUGAUGUCGGGUUCCACGUAGAGUGCUCGAUUAUGGGUAAGACAUUCUCUGGGUACUUGACUGAAGCUAUCAUGCCGCCAAAUGUUAAUGGUGGUGGACUUGCACCAGGACUCCCAACACAGACAUCUGUCCCACCACCACCCAUCUCGGGUAUGGCACCACCUCCCAAGCAGAUGCACAAUCCAUUCCAAAUACCAACUAUCCCACCAUCGGCAAUCCAACCCAACCAACUUCGAAGUAAUGAUGCCAUCCCAUACUAUGACUACCAUUUUGUUGAAACAUAUCGUCAAUGGCAAGAAAUGAUGAUAAAAAAUCAAAUGCAAAGAUAUCAACAACAACAACAGCAACCUGUAAACAACAACACCAACAAACCACCAACUGCUUCACAUAAUAAUAAUAAUAAUAAUAAUAAUGUAAAUAGUUCAACCAAUUCAACUCCACAAUACAUCCCAAAGAGUGUACCAUCAAGAUCUACUAGUAGUACUACUUCAUCUGUAUCUGAAGACAAAGAGUCUGCCAAUGAAUCAUCAUUGGAGAAGAGUGGAGGGGACAUGGAUUCAAAGGCUCCAAAUAUCGUGUUGACAGGUGGUGAUUCACCAACUAGCAGCGGUAGUGGUAGUGGCUCAGUUGAAGAUAACCCACAAUUCCAACACUUUAAACAAAAUGCAUUCCAAAAAUUAGAGCAAUACCAAAAACUACAAAUAUUAAAUCUACUUGCCAAACAAGAAGAGAAUAUUGGUCAUUUAUCAGAAUCGGUUGAAAAGGAGAAAGCAUCAAUUGAAGAGACCGCUAAUGGUGACGAAAAAGAAAAAGAAAAAGAAAAAGAGAAAUUGUUGGCAUCACUACAACUACGUUUUAAAGAAGAGAAUGAUAAACUAUUUUUAAUACACAAGGAAGAACGUGCUAAACUCGACUCGACUCAUUCUUACCAAGCAUCAAAAUUCCAUAGAGAGGUUGAGAAACAAUGGGCACUUCAACAAGCUAAAUUCCAUGGACAUUCUCAUGGUGGUCAUUCCAAUUCUGGUGAUGGACAAUCAAAGGUUGGAUCAAUACCAUCUCCACUUGGGUCACCUGCUCUCACCCCUUUUAUUUCACCGUCACCGUCUCCAUCGCCAUCGCUCUCUUCGUUUUUAGGGCAUCCAGCUCACAGUCCACUCAUUUCAUCAUUUGCAUUACUUAAAAGUGGUAAUAAUUUUAGUCACUCUGGAAAUAUUAAUAAUAAUAAUAGUAAUAAUAGUAGUGGUAGUUCAAAUCAUCAUCAUCAUAAAUCAUUUGCUUUAAAUGGUCCUUCUUCAUCAUCAUCAACUACUACUGCUUUGGCAGCACCAACAUCUUCUACAUCUACAUCUACUUUACAACAACCAUCAUUAAAUAAUAGUAAUAAUAGUAUAAGUAAUAGUAGUAGUAGUAAUAGUACACCUGUAACUAAUAAGGGAUUGGAUGAAAAAGUAAAUAGUAGUAGUAAUAAUGGAAAUGGUGAAAAGGAUGAUUUGGGAUCAUCUACAUCUUCAUUGAAUGAAGCUCAUUUACCUCCACUAUCACUAUCAUCCAAUUCUCCUCCAAGAUCACCCAAUUCCCAACCAGCAUCUACUACAUCUUCUACUACAACAACAACGACAAUAGAAUCAACAGAAAAAUUAAGAGAAAAGGAAAAAGAAUUAGAAAAAGAAAAGGAAAAAGAAAUGGAAAAGGAAAAGGAAAAGGAAAUAGCCAUAGGUAAAGAGAGUAUUAAAUCAUCAAAUCAACCAAAUCCAACUAUUUCAAUAGAAUCAUAA